UAGCUCUUAGGUCUUUUUUUCUGGGGAGGAUAGAUAGAUAGAUAGCUUUCUUCCCGGGCGUUCUUGCGACCAAGACAAGCAGCGGCAGCGGCAGAGGAAGGGUUUUUGGGAAGAAUGAGGUUUUGGCCAUCGCGGCGCGCCUGAUGCUCUUGGCGUAAAUCUCUCUCUCUCGCUCCUCGCUGCCGCUGCUGCUCUCGCUGGUGUGUGUGUGAUGGUGCUGCUGGCACUGAUAUUUCUCCUCUCCCUGGCAUCGUCUUCCUCCGGGGCAUCGAUUUCGAGUCCCUUGCAAUCAUGGAUGCUCGCGUCGGUGCCGUCGGGUCGCCAUUCCUCCAUUCCCAGGUCGCUGCCAGCGUCGUCGCAAUUUCUGCCGCUCCUGGCUUCUUGGUUCGCGAUACUUGUCUUGUUGUGCAUUUCUGGCUCGGUGGGGGGCGAUCAAGCGCAAGAGACUGGGAGGAAUCUAGUCGUGGACAGCAACAAGCACGAAUCGGGCACUGGUAAGCCUGCUGUGCCACUGGCGGACGAGCAGACAAGGGUACCCUGCGAGAUCGUCGUUUCCCAACCGGGUUUUGUUGGCUUCCCUGCGCCGCUGCAGUCAUCGGCAGCAGCCCUCAGGGAUCAUCGCCAUCGCUAUCAGGAUGAUCUUGAUGCCACUGCUGCUGCUGCUCCGGGACCAGCAUCGACAUCGUCCUCUCCCAAAGUUGGGAUUUUUCCUCCGUUCUUGGAGUGGGGGGAUAGGCCGCUCUUCUCGCCGUCGGCAUUGACGGUCACCGUAUCCAAUCGUUGCAACAGCACGCUGCUCAAGAUCUUUACUCCUUUCAGCUCCAGCAUCCAGUUCUAUGCCGCCGCUUUCGCUCCAACCCCAUUGGAUCUCCGGCCCGGGCAAGAGGUUUCGCUAGACAUCAUCUUCUGGCCCAGGUCGCUAGGACAGGCUCAAGCGGUGGUUUUGCUACAGACCAGCCUCGGUGGUUUCUUCGUCCAAGUGCAAGGGAAUGGUAUCGCUUCUCCCUUAGGCCUUGCUCCCUUGGGAAGAAGGACCGUGACCCGCGGACAAACUCUUCGGUUCUCCAUCUCACUUCACAACAAGGCUGGUGAUCAAGGUGGUCGAGUUAUCAGAGUCAAGGAAGCUCGCGGCUGGCCGGCGGAUUCGAACAACAGGACGUUGAUCCUGACGAAUCCUCAUAACAACGAUGUUGGUGUCACUCGGUGUUGUUCCUCGGACAGUUCCUCGUGCAGCUGCGUGGGUCAUCACCGAGAGCAGGGAAGCUAUCUCACCUUGAAACCGGUGGCUCCGUGGGAGAUAAGUCCCGGUUCCGUGUCGGACGUUCUCGAGGUUCACUUCAAAGCUGCCGAAUCAACAGGGACCUGGAGCGGAUUCAUCUACCUCGGACUGUCCCUCUUUUCUACAUUGGCAGCGAAAGAAGUGGACGAGGAAAAGCUUUUGAUUCCAUUUAACGUGAGAGUUGGAAGUCAAGGACAGGUUUUGGAGCCGGUCCCAGAGGUGAUCAAUUUUGGUUUUCUUAGCAGCAGGAGAGAGGUGAAGAAGCAGGCUGUAACGUUACUCAACACAGGGCCCGACAGUUUAGUGAUCAGGCUCGUAAGUCGGGGUGAUGCUGUGGAUAGUCCGAGUAGAAAAAAUCUGAUAGCAGUUCGGUACAGGAAAGGCCUUGUUGUUCAUCCCGGAACGCAAGCACAGGUAGCGGUCGCGUGGUACCAGGGCAUCGAGGAAACCUUGUCUUUGGUGACCGAUGAUGCGGACUCUCCAGGCUUGGAGACGCUGAUCAUUCACACCAACGGCAGCAGCCCUCAAAGUAAGAUCAUCCGAGUUCCAUUUCAUGCUGUGGUCUUGCAUGGAUCAGCGAGCAUGGGAGACGACGGCGAAGUUGAUGAGCGAGUCCUUUUCGCUGAAGCUGGAGUUGAUAUAAAGUUGUCGCAGUUACAGAAGCUGGAACGUAGAACACUUGGGCAAAACGAUAUUGAGAGUGGUACUUUCCCCUCCGGUGGUGUUGAGGUGAAUGACCAUCAACAGCUGGUUGCGCAAUCCCUUUUCGUGCAGUCUGGACUGAUUCUUCCUACCGUCCAAGUUGGAGGGUCCGAGGCAGUCUGGCUACAUUUCAAAAAUCCCAGUGAUGGACCCGUUUCCGUGAAGCUGUUGCCGAGCCACGAGUGGGAAGCUUCUGGUUGUCAAUGUUCCAUCGGGUUGUCCGGCGAUUGCAAAGCUCGGGACGACAAAAGUCCGUUCGUUUUACAGGAAGGUGGACUUUCUGAUACGGUUCUCAGAGCUUAUCAGGAAGCUGAUCUGGGGCCUCUCUUGUUCCGUCCGACUCAGAGAUGCACUUGGACAGGUCUUCUAGCUGUGAAGAACAACCUCACAGCAAUCGACUGGAUACCGGUACGCGGUACCGGAAGCUCAGCCGAAUUGAAGUUCUUGGAGGACAACGUACCGGUCGAGACUCUUCGGCUGGUUGGCACGACAUUGCGAAUUGUCUCAACUGUGACAUCAGGGAUUGACGAGAAUCUAUCGAGCCUAUCCGAGAAGAUCAACUCGGAAUCUUGCAAGCAGCCUGUGAACGGAAGCUUCGUAGCCAGGAACACAGGUGACAUUCCUCUCAGAGUGCACUCGGUGUCACUUAUGAGUGGUGGAUGCAGCUCGCAAGGAUUUGAGCUUGGUUCUUGCGGUGGAUUCCUCCUAGCGGCUGGAGAAACCACUCUGAUCGAGCUCUCGUACAGGUCAAACGACUUCGUCUCGCCGCAAGUACGACACAACAAUCUCCAGCUCAUUACUUCGAUCGGGACUGUCAACGUCCCUGUGAUGGUGGUCCUGCCUGAUCACAUGCUUCGUCUCUGUGCCAACAUCCCUGCCUACUUCAAGUACCGAAAGCUCUUUGUCUACGUCGGAUUCGUCGGCCUGCUUUGCACGGUACUGGUUCUCCCAGCCAAAGUUGGCAGCAAGAAACUCAGUAGCUCCGACUGCGACAGUGGUUCCGCAAUGGCAGGCAGCCUGCCGCUGUUCAGGGACUUCUCACCGAGCAGCAUCAUCGCUGAAGAGACGACAGGCCCAUCAAAUUUGUCGAAGAUACGUGUCAAGGUGACUGAAGAGGUGGCUGAAGAUGGUCGACACCAGACGAGCGACGACGGGAUUUCUAAAGGCGAGCUUGGCGCUGGCUCCACGUCUUCUGAUUUUCUCCAAGCUACGAAGCAGCAGCACAGCAUAGCGAUGUCUCCAACCUCGUCUCCGAGGAAGACGCAGCUGGAACGAGGUGGCAAACGCAAGAGGAAGAAGGGCCCGGUGUCGCUGGUGAAACACGAGGCUUCUAGAAGCGGAGCUUCUCCACCGAGUUCCUCACCAGCUUCUCCACUGAGCUCGCAGAGGCCCGCCCUCUUCUCCUCCGACGAUCACCACCACCACUCCGCCGCCGACACAAAACUUUCGAGGCUGGAUAUCGAAGUUGGCCGAAGAAUGACCUCGGCGCCGUCACUGUCAUCUUCCUCAUCCAACACUUCAGCAGCACACUGGGUUCCGAAGGACGAGAUACGCAAGAAAGUGGUGGCCAGCGAGCUCAAGCCAAGCAAGGAGAAGCAGCGCCACCAUCACGCGUCCAAAGCUUCGGGGAAUGGAGAAUGGGUGACGGUCGCUCGAAAGUCAGUUACUGAUGGUGGUGGUGAUGGUGGUGGAAACCCAAAAGCAGGAACAUCAACACACGACGAUGGAGUUCCAGCCAAUAAGAAGAAAACGCUGAUGCAGUCCGCUAGCUUUCCAAACAGUUCACGGCUCCAGUCGCAGAUAAGUCCGUCUGUCCGAGCUCCAGGGAGCAAGAUUCCCAAGAACAGCAGCAGCGAUACUACGAGUGCGAGCGAGCUCAACGAUUCCAGCAGCAGCAGUUGCAACACGAGCAGCAGGUUCUCGAGCGAUGACGUAAUCGACCAGGCCUCCUGCUCGUCACCGACAGUCGAUCUCGUCUACGACAUCUGGGGGGAUCACCUGGGAGAGAUGACACGCCAGUCCAACUUUGGUGGCGAGGAAACCCAGAGCCUGUUCUCGGUGCCGGCCUUCACGCUCCCCAGCAAGCAAGAUCACCACCUCUCGGCAGUGGAGAGCUCACCGGAGUUCUCCAUGUUUUCUGGGAACGUCGUCGCAGCUUUCAAUCGGGUGGUGAUGCCGGACGACGAGCAGCAGCAGCAGCAGCAGCAGCAGGACUAUUCUUCCAGCUAUUUUCUUCUCUCGCCAUUCGAUUUGUCAUACAGCAAGCGUAUGCAAUUCUCCACCGCGGAUGAAAUGAAGCUCUAAAGUUCAUAUGUUCUUCGUUUGUCUCCUCUAGAACAAAACUCCAACUUUGUUUACCAAA